AUGCGGCGUUUCGAGAGAAUCCACGACAUCGUUGAGCCCGUCGAAGAGUAUCGCCAGGGAGGCUAUCAUCCGGUACACCUCCACGAUGUAUUCAAUAAGAGGUACGAGGUUAUUGGAAAGUUAGCGUUUGGCCAAUUCUCAACAGUAUGGCUCACACAUGACCAAUUGCUCCAGCGACAUGUUGCGUUGAAGAUACUGAAAGCGGAUGUUUCCAGAAACAAUAAAGAGCUUGCUAUGCUUCUUAAAUUAUCUGCUCCGGGCCUAGAUCAUCCUGGCAAAGGGCAUAUUAUCGAACUGCUGGAUUAUUUCGAGCAUGAUGGCCCAAAUGGGACGCACUUGUGUCUAGUGCUCCCUGCAAUGAUAUCCGACGGUGAAGUAAUAAGCGUCACCAGAAAGCCGCGCCAGGCAGCCUACGUGCGAGCUAUUUCCAAACAAAUCUUGUUGGGUGUUGACUUUCUUCAUAAGCUAGGCAUCGCCCACUGUGAUCUACAACCUGCAAAUGUUCUGUUUUCAAUUGUUGGGGCUGCGCACGUAGAGGCGUUCUUGCAGCCCCCGGAGUUCAGCCCUGUUAGGUGGCUAGAAGGAACAAAGGUAGAUGAUAGCGCGCCGAAAUAUUUGAUGGCUACACAGAGACGACGGGGCGAACUGGACGAUGCAGAUUUCACCACGAUCUUGGUUAAGAUUGGUGAUCUGGGUGGAGCUGCAUGGAGUCAACAAUGUGAUCAGUGGCCGGUAACGCCGAAAGCUUUGCGUGCACCUGAGCUAAUCCACCGAAGUACUUGGGAUGCUAGGAUCGAUAUCUGGGCCUUGGGUUGCUUGGUAUUUGAAUUAGCAACAAACGAGCCAUUAUUUCCCUUGGGAACCUUUGGCCUCACAGCAGAACAGAUUGACGAAGAGCACACUUACCAUAUUAGCCAGCUCCUUGUCGGAGAACCUGAGGGUUGA